AUGUUGCAAGAUUUGCCAGUCGAAGUAAUCGAACAGAUCGUUGGAUACCUGCCAAGCGCAUCAUCUAUUGUCAACCUCGCGCGGACAGAUCACAAUCUCCAUUCAAUUGUGUCGGCGGACGACUACCAUGUGUUUCGAUCAUUCGUUCAAAGAGCCUUUCCAACUAUUAAGACACCGCCGUUAUGGAGAGAUGCCGCUCGUACUUUAACAGCCCGGUCUCGCGCCUGGGAUCGUCGAGCAUUUAUAGCGCGAGAGUGCUACCCGCCACCUGACAAUAUCGACUACCCUCAGUAUGCGCUAGGCGGUCACAAGUUAGGCUACCAUCCGGCCAUCGACAGCUACGAAACAUGGGAAGGACAUUCCUGGUCAAAUCGGAAGGAAGUGUUGGCGUGGGGUGCCGCAGGCCGGCUACGGACUCGAACGAUCAAAGAUGGUGUAACGACCUGGAGCUCAUACAGGAUACCAGAUGAUCACAGGCAGGACUUGGACAUUCUGGAUAUGAGAAUCUUGCGGCCACACCAGGUUGACAGCCCAGAUGGCGAGACAAUCAUCUUUCGAAGAGCCAACCACGAAAUCGUCAAAGUCCAAACCUCGGAACCCGAUGUCUUUACAGCGCAGUCUAGCUAUGUAACCCCACGGGGCGACCACACAUGCAUGGAUGUUAGCCAGAGCGCAAAUCCUAUACUUGCGGCUUGCGGAGGCCAUUCCAUCAGUCUAUACCCUGUACACGGCCAACAGAAGCUCGUCCGGCCUAGUGAUUCAGUCAAGCUGGAGGACCGUUACAAUAUCCAACAACGGAUGCGCUGCAUCAAGUUCUUGUCUGACACCACAGUCGCUAUUGCAAAUCAGUUUCUCCAAGGGCGAGAUCAGGCUCCCAUACACAUUUAUGACAUCAGCCAAACGGGCCUGUCUUCGACACCACUCACAGAAUCGAUGAGCUACUCUGGGACAAACAACCCAUAUAUGGGCCGUCACUCCGCCAACGUGAUUGUGCCGCUCGAUGACGUUGGAACCAGUGGCAGUACCCCCGGAACCCUGUUCCUGUCGGGAUGGACAGACGGUAUCGCCCGUUUACACGACACAAGGAUAGCUGGAAAAUCAGUGGCCGAGUAUGUGGAUACUGUUGAUUCUGGGCAGAUUCUUUCCCUCCUCACCGUGGGCCACGAGCACUUUCUGGCCGGCAGUUCCGAGAAUGGCUGCCUCAGAACCUUUGACCUCCGCAUGCCGGGCGCCAAGGCAUACUCAUACCUCAAUGCACGACAACAACCAACCCGGAGCACGAAGAAGCCAGAGUCGCAAAGAGGUGUCAACAUCUUCCUCACCCCGACGGUCAACUUUGGUGAACGGCUCUGGGAGCCUCUACCUCGAAACCCGCGUAAGCGAUCACAAGGCUACCGUGGCUCGGUCUACUCCCUCUCCAGUCCAUCACCCAGCUCGCCAACCGUCUAUGCAGGGAUCGAGAAUCAUGUCCUACAACUGGACUUUGUCUCAACCGACGACCUCCGCAGCCACAAGACCGAUAUUGGUAUGAACAGUCAUGACGCCAAAUCUCAGGACUCUGAACAACCUAUCCUGAAUCUAUCAUGCUACGAGCGACCUCGAGAAGGCAAAGAGAGCACCGACCCAGUCUUGUUGAGAAAACAACUGGAUCUUUCCUGGGCUUUGAAAUAUGGCAAUAUAGACGGCGAAGGGGCGUCAAAGGAGGCAGGAUGGGAUGAGAGGUUACGGUUGAAUACGUCCGUGAAGGAUCGGGGGCAUAGAGAAUCGGGUUGGCGGACGCAGAGACGGCAGCCUACAUAG